GCUCAGGCAGACCUUAGGCGGUACAGUAAUUCCAGUGGUGUUGUCGUUAGCCUGUCUUUAUGCCACUUGUAGUUAGUGAGGAGUCAUUGUGAAUUACGAAAACUCUCUCUUUCCGCAGAGUACGCUUCAUGUCAGUAGAAAUGGACAGCAGCAGUUUUAUUCAGUUUGAUGUGCCUGAGUACAGCAGCACCGUUCUGAGCCAGUUAAACGAACUCCGCCUGCAAGGGAAACUAUGUGACAUCAUUGUCCACAUUCAGGGUCAGCCGUUCCGAGCCCACAAAGCAGUCCUCGCUGCCAGCUCCCCGUAUUUCCGGGACCAUUCAGCAUUAAGUACCAUGAGUGGUUUGUCAAUAUCAGUGAUUAAAAAUCCCAACGUGUUUGAACAGUUGCUUUCAUUUUGUUACACUGGAAGAAUGUCCUUGCAGCUAAAGGAUGUGGUCAGUUUUCUGACUGCAGCCAGCUUUCUUCAGAUGCAGUGUGUCAUUGACAAGUGCACGCAGAUCCUAGAGAGCAUCCAUUCAAAAAUCACUGUUGGAGAUGUUGACUCUGUCACCGUGGGCGCUGAGGAGAAUCCUGAGAGCCGCAAUGGAGUGAAAGACAGCAGCUUCUUUGCCAAUCCAGUUGAGAUCUCCCCUCCGUAUUGCUCUCAAGCUAGGCAGCCCUCCGCAAGCAGCGACCUCCGCAUGGAGACCACCCCCAGCAAAGCUUUGCGCAGCCGCGUACAGGAGGAAGGGCACUCGGACCGCGGGAGCAGUGGGAGCGUCUCUGAGUACGAGGUUCAGAUCGAGGGGGACCAGGAGCAAGGGGACCUGCUAGGGCGGGAGAGCCAGAUCGCCGAGGUGAAGGUGAAGGUGGAGAAGUGCGACCGGCCCAGCUGUUCCGACAGCUCCUCCCUGGGCGACGAUGGCUACCACACCGAGAUGGUGGACGGGGAGCAGGUGGUGGCGGUGAACGUGGGCUCCUAUGGCUCUGUGCUCCAGCACGCCUACCCCUACGCCCAGGCAGCCUCGCAGCCUGCCGCAGUGUCAGAAGCUUUCGGAAGUCUGAGCAACUCCAGUCCUUCCCGGUCCAUGCUGAGCUGUUUCCGAGGAGGCCGCGCCCGCCAGAAGCGGGCUCUGUCUGUCCAUCUGCACAGUGAUCUGCAGGGCUUGGUGCAGGGGUCUGACGGCGAGGCCGUGAUGAGCAACCCCGGCUACGAGAGCAGUCCCCGGGAGCGGAGUGCGAGGGGCCACUGGUACCCGUACAACGAGAGGUUGAUCUGUAUUUACUGUGGGAAGUCCUUCAACCAGAAAGGAAGCCUUGACAGGCACAUGCGACUCCAUAUGGGAAUCACCCCCUUUGUGUGCAAGUUCUGUGGGAAGAAGUACACGCGGAAGGACCAGCUGGAGUACCACAUCCGAGGCCACACUGAUGACAAGCCGUUCCGCUGCGAGAUCUGCGGGAAGUGCUUCCCGUUCCAGGGGACCCUCAACCAGCACCUGCGGAAAAACCAUCCGGGCGUGGCUGAGGUCAGGAGUCGCCUAGAGUCCCCCGAGAGAACAGAUGUGUAUGUGGAGCAGAAACUGGAAAAUGAUGCGUCAGCAUCGGAGGUGGCCCUAGACUCCCGGAUGGAAAUUCACACAGUGUCUGAUGCUCCUGAUUAAGAGGGUAAAGAAGUGCACCCAAACAAAGCACAUUAAUCAAUGCAUAUUUGUGAUUUGCUUUGUUGUAAUCUUUGGUUUUCCCAACCAUCUGGAAAUUCUCGGUCUCUUGGCAGUUUUUCUAAAGUUUCUGGAUGGAACGCUUCAUUGUGUUUAUCCUUUUCCCCGCCCGCCCUCCCCCAAGGAGCUCAAAGCAUGAAGGGCAACGUAUCCAGGGAACACGUAGGCUGACAGUAUUCCUCUCUGGCUGAACUCUUAAUCCAAAACCUGCCAGUGAUAUAGCUAUGCCAAGUGGUUGACCCUAUAUUCUCUGCCAAGAGGCAUACGCUCUCAUUGUGUGUGCUGGCACCAGCGCAUUUCCGCAGAGAGGGACUAGGAUGCUGUCAGCUGAUACAAAUGGGUAACCUUUUCUAAUUUAAAAUUACUUUUAGGGGGUAGUUAGACAAUUUAUAUAUAUAUAAUAAAACAAUUAUUAUAUAUAUAGUAUAUAUACAUUCUCAAAUUUGAUUUUAUUCUGGUUGAGGUGAAUGUAAGAGGAAUAUAUAAUUUAAUACAAUGUGAACAGGGCUUUAAACUCUGUCUCUUCCCUACCUAAUAUGUUAGGGUUUUGCCCCUUUAUUUCCCUUACAAAAGAAUGUUAGAUUUUCAUAUAUAUUAAUCAUUGUGUCCAAAAGCAAGCAAAGCAAAUCACAGUGUUCGUAGCUCUGCUUCAUAACAAAUACAUAAACCAAAUGCCAUAAAAUUUCUUCAACUCUAGUUGGAAACCGUUUGGAAUUUUUGUUAGUUAUCCAGCAGGUAAGCUGGAUGACCUGUGGUGCUGACCUUUUUACAUAGUGUAGCGUUAUAUUAGCCAACCCCAAAGGAGCAGUGGUUUUCAAGGUUUUUACUGGCCUACAAAUCUACCUUCAUUCCGUACUGUAGAAGCAUACAUACCAGGUAACUAAAUCAAAUCACUCUCUACCAUGAGUUAGUACUCGCACUAAAGGAAAGGGAUUUGUAGUUCUGUCUACAAAAUUCUCCAAGCAGUGUUGCAGUUUGUUUGUUUUUUCUUUCUCUUUCAAACAGCCAGUUCAGGUGCACAGCAACUUUUUCUACAUGCAGUUCCCAGGGAAACUGCAGAACUUGGAAUUUGUACUUUUUGUAAAGCUAUACUCUAUGGGAAUUGCAAGCAAUAUAUCUAUCUUAGUAUUGUGUGUGCUAAUGAGAGCCACAGUGGCUCCCCCACUUUCUCAGUGUUUCCUGCUUAAAGAACCAACAGUUCAGAAACCCUCUAAGAUACUCUGUGUGUCACCAUUUUUUUGGUCACGUGGUGCUAUUUUUAUGUUAAGUAUCUUUAGGUCAGUAUAGUUAUAAAAAAUGUGAAAUCUAAUGGUAAUCGUGAUUUACAAUUGUUUUUCUCUCUUGAGUUCAUAGCUUGAAAAGAGACUUCAAAAGCAUGUGCUGGCAAACACAUUACUGUAAGAAAACAUAUCUAAGUCCUGUUUGAAUAAUGUUUUAUUAGUACUUUAGGAACUGUCUUCAGUUCUCUAUUGUGCUCACAUACACAAACAGGCUUUACGAGAUUGCCUUGGUACUGUGUGCUCUGGCAGAGAGUAAUUUUGUAAGCAGUUUGGUGGUGGUUUGUGCCGCAGGCUGCCCGUGGGAUGUCAGCGCUCCAGUCUCCCUGCUCGAGACGUGGGCUCUGAGACCCACAGGAGAACAGCAUAGCCACAGAAAAGAAAAGCAGGCAAGACAGACCAACCUCAGAGGCUAGGAGUUAAAGGAUUACAGAAAUGGACGUUUGCUGGUUUUCCAUGCUUUUUUGGCUCUUAAAAUACCAAGAAUGGUGGGGUUUUUUGGGUUUUUGGGGGGGGGUAUUUGUUUUGGGAAAAAAAGUCAUCAAGCCCUUGUGUGUGACAGCCCCUGGGGGCAGUAGCUGUGCAGUAGCAUCUCUUUAGCACACAGGAUCUGUUCACGUGUGAACUGCUGCAGUACACGUCAGUGUUAACUCCGUACCGACUACAUUCUGAUCCCGCUGCUCCUGAGGAGUGGCUUUUGCUAAAUCGGGUAUACAGUAUGCCUUUCUCCUCGUCAGACUGCCUAAGUAGGGGUUUGUUCUCUCCCUGAAGCGCUUGUUAACUCCUGUUAAAGCCGCGUGCCUCAGGGGGAGGCUGGACCCAAGUGUUUACCCAUUUAAAUAUGUUCUGGGGUUUCAGGUAAAUGUUUGUGAUUUUUUUCCUACAUAAAUAAUAAGUUUGGUUUUGAUUUUUUUGAGAAUUAAAUGCAAAAAAUUUGUGUUGUAAUACAAAUUAAGUUUGUGGCAAAAAUGCCCAAAUCCGAGGACAUGAGAGGUCAAGCUCAGGGAAGGAGCCUCCUUUUCACUCAGGCUUGCGGCCUUCUGAGAGGUCUCCAGAGCAUUCUGUGACAUAUGAGACAAGUUAGGAGGGGUAGCAUGUGGGGCAAGUACCUCGAAUGUCCUGGUUCUUGUCAUUGUGUCAGUCUUAACCUUAUUACAUGGAGUUCUUUGUAUUUGUGAAUUUGUUUAACUGGUUUGAGUUUACCAAAGAGUGACUUAUCCAAAUUGUCUUUGACAAAAAUAUACAUUGCUUUGAUUGUACAGUUCAGGUUCAAACAUUGUAAUGGGACUGUUAAGGGGCAGAAAAAGUAUUGAGUUUCUAAUAAACAUGAUUCCGCAUUCAGCAAGUUCCACUUGCUCCCAUUCAUGUUGCUAACACUUUACCCUUUCCACUGCUAGCAGUGUUAAGAAUGAAUUCUCAAGCCAUAACACAGUACUGUAAAGCUCUGCGGGGCUUCAGGGGGGCAGCGUGUAGGCCAGCACAGGGCUGCGCAGCCGCCGAGCGUCGCCCGCCCUGCUUCCCAGUGCGCGUGGCUGGCGACAGACGAGCUCCAUUCAGAUCGGGCAGCAGCAGGUAAUUGUGCCUUGCCACAUGAGGAUGUGCCAGGAAGAUUAACGUGACCACAGAACAGAAACCUUCUCUCCCUGAAGUUCACAUCACGUCUCCACAGACGAAGUACGCUGUGUAACUCCUUAGAGCAAUUCUUUUGGGAAAGCAAAGUCCCUAUCUCUGUACAGUUUUAGGUUAAGCGUUUCAUUUAUAACAAAUGCAGAAAUCAGUUAAGAUAAAGUGAUAUGUGAAGAAAUCUUUUACAGUAAAAUAUAUCCUGAAUUCAUACAGGCUUGUUCAUAAUUGAGUCUCUUCUUGAGCUACCUUUUCAAUAUUAGACAAUGUGAAGACAGUGACAGCGUCCUUUCCUCUAGAUGUUUAACCUGUUAUUGCAAACUGUGAAAACAAAGAAUUUUAUACCUUUACUCAUGUUUGUGGUUUUAAACAGUUAUUUUCAUUCUAAUCAGUUCUCUACCCUCUAAGUUCUACUAAAGCUGUAAAUACAUUUAGAAAUUAUAUUUGUAAAUACAAUAUAUGAAGACAAAUUAAUUUUUUGGUCAGCGGAAAGCCUCCCAACCAAUUGGCUCUGCCUUGGCAGUUGUUUGUUGUUGUUGUUUUAGUUUUUUUUCGUUUUUUUUAACAGCAGAAAGGAUACUGUCAGUUCACUGUUAAGCAGAAUAUACUGUAGAACUAAAUUGAUCAUUUAAAAAUUUUCCAGAGCAUGACUAAAUGACUUUUCUAAUGAUAGCAGUUAUAACCAACUCUUUGUUUUUCCCUUAGCCCAGACCAUAGGCCUGCAUAUUUUUUGUGUGUGGUUUUGUUUUUAUUUUUGUUUGUACAGCCUAGACUCUAGGAAGAAUUUGCAGGAACACAGAACAAGGGCUAGGGGGGAAAUCAUCUAUGUGAAUGAGCUUUACUUUCAAGAAAUCAAUGUAUUUUAUUUUAACAACUUUUUCUUUUAGUUACUGUGACUUUUUUGUUGUUGUCAUCGUUGUUAUUGUUAAAUUCUAUAAUGGUUUCCUGUGAAGCCUCCACUGAAAGGGACUCAAAUAUGCAACACCUAAACUAUUUUCCAAGGGCACACGCCCCUUGAAUGGUGCUUCUAGACUGGUCAGGGUUAUUUAUUAAAUUUUAUAUAUGAAAGUAUUGGGGAAUUAUGUAAAUUCUUUAUAUGAAACUAUCUAGUUCAUAAAUCAUAGAUUUCAUAUUACUCAGUGCAACUGAACGAAAAGUUCAGAAAAGUCAUUCACAUUGUUCCAAAUUUGUAAUGGUUGUCACAGGUCACACGCGUAUUUUUCAGUAAGUGCCAGAGUGUUCCCACUGUUUCUGCCCAGUGCUUGACUUCUCGGCCCAGAAGAGAACCCGUUUUCUCUGAUUCCCUCCCUGGGACUGGCACGGACAGGGCUAUUGUAGUUCUUGAUCGAGUCCUGGAGUCAGCCUGACUUGGUGCUCCUUGUAGCAGAUUCAGUAAACAGACCUCUUGCUGCCCCUCAGUGACAAGUAUGCUGUGAAUUCAACCUUUGGACUUGCCGCCCAAGCCUUUGGUUGCCGCCCUGACUAUAGUAAGAGGUAAACUUACCUGGUUUGUUUAAGAAUGAACAUUUCCCUAAUGUGAAAACCAUCUCUCUCACCACUUUUAUUAGUAGGGCUAACAUUUUUUCCGUUAUAAAUGGUUGAGCAAUUUGAAUGACUUAACACAGUGUCAUUAUCUUGCAAUAUAAACUGGUAACCUCACAACUCCACACUUCAUCACCAUAUGAAGUAAAUGAAGCUAGCUAAGCGGAUGCUGUAUCAACUAGUAACUUGCCAUUAAGGAUUAUUUUAUAGCAUGAGUUUAAGACUAUUUAUUCAAAUGAUAUUUUACUCUUGUAUUCACUUUGUUUUAGAUUUGUGACAUGAAUAUUUCAGUGCUGCUUAAUUUUGUUCUAAAUUCUUGUUUCUUGCUUGUAAAUGGCUUUUUUAUGGUAUAAAGUCAAUGGAAAUUGCUGUUUGUAAAUAAAAAUGCUGCUAGAGCAAAA